AAAAAUUAAUUUGUUCUCACCAGGCUUUUUGUGAGUAACUGGUGAUUUUAAUUUUGGUAAUAGUUUUCGUAACAAAAUUUAAUUUUCGUUGCAAAAUUAUUAAAAUUUGACGUAAGUUCUGCGUAAUCACAUAAUAUAUGUAAACAGUAACUAAAAUUUUGCAAAACAAAUCAAUACUUCUCGAUGACGUCAUAAUUUCAAAUGUAAACACAAUGCAAAGGACCUUGUAAAUUUUUUCACUAUGUCAUGAAGUUUAGUGUCAGUUUGGAAAAUUAAAUAACAAUCCCACCAAAAAUCAUAACAAACCAAUUCGUUAUAGUGUUCAGUAAAAAAGUUUUAUUAUUAAACUUAAUCAAAUAGUUGCUUAAUUAAUAUUUUUACAUUGUUUAAAAACAAUGAAAGGAAAGCAAACGAAAUUAAAUUUUAAUGACUUUAGGGAAUGUUGCGUUCCAAAUUGCAUAGGCAAAAAGAAAAAUUCCUCAAGUUCCAAACUCAUAAGUUUUCCUCGAAAUCAAGAAAUAAAUGCAAUCUGGGGGUUUAAUUGUAAAGUUGACAAAACGAGAGGAAAAUUUAUUUGUCUUUCGCAUUUUGAAAAACGAUUUAUUGGUUUAAAUACACUUAAACCCGAUGCUCUACCUACUAUUUUUGAUUGGCAUCCAAUAUUCAAAGACCUUCCCAAAGAGGUAAAAAGGAAACCCCAUUCUACUAAAAGAAAAUGCUGUAUUAAAGAUUGUGUAGGUUCACUCCAAAAGCGUGCAUUAUUCAAAUUUCCUGAAUUUGGCGAAUCAACAAAGGACUGGUAUGUGAAUUGUGGGUUUCAUAAAGAUUGUAAUGUUGAGGAUAAGUUCAUUUGUGAAAGACAUUUUCGUACUUCCGAUUUGUAUGAAGGGAAAUUAAAAAAAAAUUCGGUCCCCGUCUUAAAUUUAAAUAAUGUUCGGGAUUAUACUAAUAAAAAAAACAUGAACAAUAAAAUAGAUGAAAAUAAAGACUUAACUCCUGAUCAAGAAAACAUUAAAGAUGAGGAUUCUUCAAAUGUUUUAGAUGAAUCUCUCCAACCGAUUUCUAUAGAAACUGCAUUUGAGCUUUUAUCAGACACAAAACAUGAUUUGAUCGACUUUGAUCCAAUUGGCAUUACAGCUCCGUCAAUUUAUGCUACAAAAAAAGGGAAUAUGUUUAUAGAACCAGCAUCGGAUUCAAAUCCUACAACUUUGCUAGACGCUGAAGAAAAUAUUGUAAUUGAAAAUGUUCCAGUAGUUGAAGAGCCUUACAUCAUAUCACCACUAUUAAACGAAGAAAAUUCAACUACGACAAUAAAUUUAACAGAGCAAUCGCCGACAAAUUCUGAUUGUGAAAUUUUGUCAGACACAGAGUGCGAUAACGUUCUUUCAUCUCAACAAAAUGUUUUGGAGAAUAUGCAAAAUUCUUCUGAUAGUGCUAAUUAUUCAUUGGAUUCUACAGUUCGAAACACAAAUAUUGAAAUUUUUUCGAAUGUUGAAAAUACUAUAGCUAAUUGUAAUCCAAACGACUUUUAUCCAGUUGACGAUUUAUCGGAUCCUGCCAAAUGGCCUGAAUUAACCGAUGAAAUCAUUAAUAAACUUAUUAGAAUCGGGCCAACUCAAAUAGUCAACUUUAAAAAUACAGGCCAAUUCGGAAAAUUUGAUCCUGUACAUUAUCAAAGAAGGUUAGUCAAUGGAAAUACAGUUCCAAGACCUUGGUUAGUAUACUCUAUUUCGAAAAAUGCGGUUUACUGUUUCUGUUGCGUGAUAUUCAAGAGAAAUGAAAACAUCAUUGAACAAAUAUUUUGCAGAAAUGGAUUUAAUGAUUGGCAGCACAUUUCACUAUGGCUCCAGAUGCAUGAGACUAAUAAAAUUCAUGUUCAAAAUUUUAAAUCGUGGAAGCUUUUAGAAAAAUCAAUGAUAAAUAAUCUCAAUGAAAAUUGCAUAUCAGAGAAAAAAUCUGAAAUUCUUUUUUGGAAGAAAUUAGUUCGCAAACUUCUUCCAUUAGUGAAAUUUCUUGGUAUUCAAUCCUUACCUUUUCAAGGCACUUCAGAAACUUUACAUAAGACGGACAACGGUAAUUUUUUAAAACUUGUAGAGGCUUUCGCGGGAAAUGAUGAAGUAUUAAGACAACAUUUAGAAAAUAUAAAGGCAGGGAUGCAAGAGGAAUAUAUAGGUAAAUCCAUUCAAAAUGACUUAAUUCACUUAAUAGCUAAUUCGGUUAAACAAAAAAUUGUCUCUAUGGUUAAAACCGCAAAAUAUUAUGCAAUUAUAGUAGAUUCAGUUUCUGACAAAAAUCUUGUAGAACGAAUUAGUUUAACGAUCCGUUUUGUACACCAAGAAAAAAACAAUUUUUAUGUAAAAGAACUUUUUUUGGGAUUUUUAGGAAAAAAGGAUGAAGUCGGUGAAAAAUUAUGGGAUUUAAUUUUACAAGAAUUAAAAAAAUUACAGCUGUCAAUUAGUGAUUGCAGGGGGCAAAGCUACGAUUAUAAUUCUAGUAGAAUAGUUAAAGAAUAUAACAUCAUAGGAAAAAGUAGGGUUUGGGACACAAGAAUUUUUUGUGUCCCCAGUAAAUCACAUAACAUAAAUUUUGUAGUAAGUGAUUCUUUCCGAAGCUGCUCUUUAGAUGCUAUUGAGUUAUUUGAAAGUGUGCAAAAUUUAUACACAUUUUUAAAUUGUUCAUCAAGUCGAUGGAAAAUUUAUACGACAAAAUUUCCAUUUUUUACUACUUUGGAACCUCUAUCAGAUAUUAGAUGGGCAACUGAAAUUGGUGCAUUAAAGCCAUUAAGGUAUAAUUUGAAAGAGAUAUAUGAAGUAUUACUCGAAAUUUCUGAUAAAGAAAGUUUAGAAAUAACAAUUGCUGUCGAAUCGUUAGCAAACAAAAUUUUUAAUUUUAAAUUUAUUUGUAGCUUAUUCGUAUGGUAUGAUAUUUUAGAAAAAGUAAAUGGGGUUAGCAUUUAUUUUCAAGAGAACUGUAUUUGUUUAUCUUAUGCCAUCUUAUUACUAGAAACUACAAUUCAAUUUCUUAUGGGUCUUAAACUCGAUCAAAUAUUUAAUGCAUACGUAAGCGAUGCUGAAAAUUAUGCAAAAUCUCUACUUAUACCACAUACGUUCCCAAUUCAAACGUUUUCAAACUUUCGUAAAGUAAAUAUAUGUAUGGAGGAUCCAAAAUGUAGUUUCAAAACAAAUUACUAUUUAAAAAUACUAAAUGAAUCUAUAGAUUCCCUUAAAGAAAGAUGUGAACAACUAAAAACUCAUGCAAAUUUAAUGUCCUUUUUAAUUGAUAAAAAUGGGUAUGAUAAUAAUGUGAAUUUGGGGAAGUAUUGUAAAAAAUUAGAAACUGCCUUAACAUACAAUGGAUCAAAAGAUUUAGAUGCUCAGGAGUUGGAAUCGGAAUUAAGAAUUUUAUCUCCGCUUAUUGAACCUUAUCAGCCAGUUAUAGAAAUCCUCAACUAUAUAUUUCAAUCGAAUUUAGCAAAUGUAUUUCCGAAUACUGUAAUAGCCUUCACAAUAUUAAGUACGUUAUCUAUAAAUGUAGCGCCUGAUAUAUCAAAAUCAAAAUUAAUUAGGGCUUAUUUGAAAUCAAUUACAACAGAAGAUAUUUCAAUAGAUUUGCCAAUUUUAUCAAUAGAGAAAGAAAUUGUUGAAAUGUUAGAUUUUGAUUAUCUUGCCGAGGAAUUCGCAAAAUCAAAAGCCACCUCAGACAUUAAAUGAUUUCGUAAAGACUGCGCACCGCAUAAUUAAGCAUUCUAACGUUGUAUUCCAAGUUUUAAUAUGAAAAAUUAAAAACAAAUUUUAAAUUUCUGAAGAAUAUAAAAUAAAAUAUGAGGAAAAAUAAUUAUUUUGUUGUGCUCAAAUAUUUGGACGGAAAAUGUAUUUGUAUUCUGUAGCUUUGAAAUAAAGUAGCUUUAACAUUACAUUCACUUUUUGCUUUUUGAAAUGCGAUUUUCUUUUGUUUUUUGUGCAGGAACUUAAGCUACAUUGCAAGUUAAUUGGGAAAAUAAAUUAGUUAACUUGAUUAGCAAGAACAGAGAUAUUUAUUGCAUUGCAAUUAAUAGCAAACGUUUAAAAAAAGUGAUAUCCACGUUGCCGUUAGACUGCAUACUGUUGUAUCUAAUAUUAUAUGUAUGUAAUCUCUUGGAUUUCGGCUCACAUUAAUAGUGCACUUCAUUGUAUAAAUUGAAGGUCUCAUGCCACUUUGAUUCACUAAAAUAUUUUACAUCGCAUUUUCUUCGUAUCUGGUUGUGGAUAGAAAAUUCAAAAAAGAGCCCUAAACAAGUAAACUACAUUGACUUUGGCUCAUUUUACAAAAAACAUUUCAUAAUUUGGACAAAUUUUGAUAAAAUUACAAAUUUUAAGGCACUACUGUUAUCAUUAAAUCUACUACAAAUUUAAGCUCAAGUUGAGGCGAAACUCAAAUCUUUUAACUGCAAUUCGUCACGUAUCUAUAUCAUAUGAUAACCCAAUACCAUUUUUUAA